AUGAUCGGCUGGAAACCGCCGCAGCAAUCCCAUCGCCCGCACCAGUACCGAAAGGAUACCUUCGACCUCCAGCAAAUACCGUGGAAGGAGAUUUUGAAAGUCAAACGGUCCGAUGCGCGGUCGUUGCGUGAUGCAUGGUAUACCUCUUACCACAACCUGGAUUACUCGCCACUCAGCAACGCAAGAUGCCUCCCGCAACAUGAGUCCUAUUUCCGCGAAAAGGCCAUGUACACAUCGCAUAAGGCGUCGAUUGAGCACUUCCAGCUCCGUAAUUUGAUGUCUGUUCCUGCUUACAAUACUGUGCACUUUGCCUCUCAAUCAAAGGUGUUCUCGUGGACCCCAGCCCAUGACAUCGCACGAUGUCUGAUUGAUUUGACCAAGCCAGAACCUGAUCUGGGACUGCUGGGACCUGUGAAAAUCUCCACCAUGAAGACUGCCUAUGGCUUGACCAUUGCCGGCGGAUUUUGUGGCGAGUACGCCCUGCGCGCUGCAGGAGCGGAGGGUUCUGGUGCCAAGGGACUGGUCACUCCGGACUUCAACGAUGGCAUCACGAAUCAUGUUGAUAUUAUCGGCAGUCGGUCCGGUCGAUCGCCUAUCGGUGUCUUUGCGUCCAACGACCAGCACUUGCGAGUGUUGGAUUGCGAAACCAAUGUUUUCCUCUCAGACCAGGAACUAUCCCGCCCAAUCAAUUGCACCGCAACCUCCCCCGAUAGCCGCCUCCGCGUCGUCAUUGGCGAUUCACCCGACGCAUGGGUGAUUGAGGCCGACACCGGCCGACCCGUACACCCCCUCCGCGGCCACCGCGACUUCGGUUUUGCCUGCGCCUGGUCCCCGGACAUGCGCCACAUCGCAACCAGCAACCAAGACAAAACCGUGAUCAUCUGGGACGCGCGCACAUGGCGCAUCCUGGAGACGAUCGACUCCGACGUGGCCGGGUAUCGCUCACUCCGCUUCUCGCCCGUCGGCGGCGGGUCCCGGACCCUUCUGUGCUGCGAACCCGCGGACCGCAUCUCCAUCGUCGACGCGCAGAUGUUCCAAACGCGCCAGGUCCACGAUUUCUUCGGCGAAAUCGGCGGCGCGGACUAUACGCCCGACGGCGGGGCGAUAUGGGUUGCGAACACGGACCCCCAUUUUGGCGGGCUCAUGGAGUUCCAGCGGAGACAGUGGGGGAGACGGUUUGGGGUGACGGAUUUGCCGGAUGAAUGGGUGCGCGAAGCGGAUCUGGAUGGCGAUGGGCGGAGUGUGCUGCAUGCCCGGGAGCGGCAGCUGCGGUUUUUGAGGAAUCUGAGCGAUGAAGAGCACGAAGCGUUGAUUCUUUAG